AUGAAGUCCAAGGCCUUCUUCAGUGACCCGACUAGCAUCGUUGACCAUAUGUGCAAGUCGUUGGCUCAACAGAACCCAAGUCUCCGAUACGAUUCCACCAACAAGGUACUCUAUCGUCCAACAAACCACAAUAGUACAAAAGUGAGCAUCAUCAGUGGCGGUGGCUCGGGUCAUGAGCCAGCCCACGCAGGAUACGUCGGCGAAGGCAUGCUCGACGCAGCAGUGUGCGGGAAAGUAUUUGCUUCGCCAAACUUUGAUCAAAUCAUUUCGGCCUUUGAUCGAGUUGCCACUCCCGGAGGGAUUCUCGUCAUUGUCAAGAACUAUACUGGCGAUAAGCUUAAUUUCGGCCUUGCCACCGAGACAUACCAAGCACAGACAGGAGUUCCGACCCACAUUGUGACCGUAGCAGAUGAUGUCUCAGUGCCGCACUCUCGGGGAAAGUUAGUCGGUCGCCGCGGUUUAGCUGGUGCGGUGUUGAUUCACAAAGUCAGUGGUGCAGCAGCAGCCAGCGGAUUGAGUCUGUCCGAUGUCGCGAAGGUUGCUCAGCAUGUGUCCGACAACAUGGCCACAAUUGGUUGUUCGUUGGACUACGCCAACCUCCCUGGCGGUGUUGACUUGCCUUCUAUCCCGGAGAAUACCAUCGAGCUGGGAAUGGGUAUCCACAACGAGCCCGGGGCGCAACGAAUCUCCCCCCAGCCCACAAUUGAGAAGCUGGUGAGCCAGAUGUGCAGGCUCUUGUUGAACGAGAGCGACCCAGAGCAUGGAUUCCUGAAAUUCCACGGCAUCCCUCACAAUAAAGCAGAGCUGGCACUGAUGGUGAACGACUUGGGCGGUCUUUCCGUGCUUGAGCUACAGGCGAUUGCGAAUGUUGUGCUAGAGUGUCUGAAAGAAGAGUACGACAUUAAGCCGGUCCGGAUAUACGUCAAUACAUACUUGACAGCCCUCGAUGCACCGGGAUUUAGCAUUACGAUUGCCAACCUAUCGCCACAAUUGUUUUCAUCGGACAUCAACCUAAUAUCCCUGAUUGAUGAGCCGGUGAAAUCAAACAGUUGGGCCACAUGCCAGCCCGUGCCUGAGGCCGCCUCGGGAACUCUUACGCCGGAGCAUGAGGAGCGGUCCCGCUCUCCUAAGCUCAAGCAGGACAUCCUAUGUGACAAACGUGUCUUUACUACUAUUCUAAAGAAUAUCCUCUCCCAAGUGACAUUGGAUGAGCCAAGUCUCACAGAAUACGACACUUUAAUGGGAGACGGCGACUGCGGCACUACCCUGCUAGCAGGGGCAACAGCUGCUCAUGCCUUAAUCGACCAAAACGACGAAAGCCUCGGAAAUCUAUCAAAGGGGUUAAUGAAAGUCGCCUCAUCCGUCCGCAGCGGGAUGGGCGGAACAUCAGGAGCUCUAUACGGAAUCUUCCUGAAUUCUUUCGUUUCCGCCGUACAAAAGAACCACGGGGAUUUCAAGAAUGUAAAUAUUCAAUUGUUCGCCAAAAGCGCAACCCAGGCCCUGGAGACGCUAAAGGGAUACACCAAUGCCCGCGAGAACAGCCGGACCCUGAUGGACGCCUUGAUUCCUUUUGUCAAUGAACUGUCAACUGCAGUAUUUACUGAUAAUGAGACUGCGGUGAAUGCAUUGCAAAGAGGACUGAAAGCUGCUCAGGAUGGAGCGGAGGCUACCAAGUGGAUGCAAUCAUCAUUUGGUCGAUCAACCUAUGUGGGUGCUAGUGCUGGCGAUGAGAAUCCUACAAGGGGCAUUCCGGAUCCGGGUGCUUGUGGUAUUGUGGCGAUUAUUACUGGCAUUGUGAAGACAUUCCAGGUUCCUAGUAAUUAA